AGAAGCUCUGCAUGUGUGUUGGGGGGGUAAGACAGAGAGUGAGUGAGUGAGUGAGUGUAAUGUAAUGUGCCUUUUGAAGUGCUGGGAGCUUGAUGGGAAUGUUUGAUUAGCUCCACUCAGAAAAAGAAAAGGUGCCCAGGCCUCCUUUUCCUGCUUGUUUCUGAUUCUUUAGAAUAACAUUGACUGGAGUUUGUGGUGCAGAAAAACUUGGAAAAAAUACCACAUUCAUACGGUGAGGAGAAAAGGAAUACACCUCAGGCAAGUGCACUUUCACUGAACCUGCUGAUUUUGUUGUUUUUGACAUGAAGGCAUCAAUCAUUGCAACCUUCUUUGCUUUGUCUCUGACUUGUACAUAUGCAACUAAAGAAGCCACAAAGAAGAACAAAAAGGCUAAACUAUAUGUACCUGAGCUAGACUGCGAUAUCAAAGCAGGGAAGAUAAUCAAUCCGGAAUUCAUUGCAAAAUGUCCACCAGGAUGUCAAGACAUAAAAUACCGUGUUUAUGGCACCGACAUUUAUGCUUCUUUUUCCAGUGUGUGCAGUGCUGCUAUUCACAGUGGUACAAUUGACAACUCAGGAGGGAAAAUCCUUGUUCAGAAAGUUGCUGGACAAUCUGGUUACAGAGGGAGCUUCUCCAAUGGAAUCCGAUCCUUGUCCCUACCACGCUGGAGGGAGUCCUUCAUUGUUUCAGAAGGCAAACCAAAGAAAGGUGUGACAUACCCAUCAACUCUUGAAUAUUCUUCCUCAAAAAGCUCACCUGUUAAAGCAGAAUCUAAAAAGUCGGCACAAGAUAUAAAGGUUACCAGGAAUACAGACAUCUCUAAUGCAUCAGAAAAAUCACCUGAACAAGCCGAUGCACUCCGCAAAGAAUAUCAGACGUCUCCAGGACCGGUACCAGCUACACAAGUUACCACCACAAUGCUGAAGCCCACCACGACUCCGGAACCCAUCAGCACAACACCAAAGCCAACUACAUUCCCUGCAACAACCAGCACUACAACUACUAUUACCGCUGCCAAACCUCGAUCUGCAGUGCAUAGGGUCAGGGAUAUAGGUCCUAGCAGCGUCCAUCCAGUUUACUCAGCUGUGGCAGCUGCAGCAUCAAGGCAGGUUCAGGCUGCACAAGGAAGAGGCCAGAAUCAAGCAUCCAGGGGCACUUCACCCUACGCAAGUAUCAGAAAUAUUCCUCGAGCCAAUACAGGUAUUCAACGCCAACAGCCUGUCGCAGCCUUCCGGAAACCUGCCGGGUCUCCAGUCCAUCUCGCUUUGGAAACUGACUUGUGGAAACCUGGAUCAAGCCUUUUUGACACAGGCUUCAGUUCAAAGGAAGAAUUGAAUCCGAAACCUUUGGAGCCAGUUUCCCAGGGAAACCCAAACUGCAAAGUUGAUUUGUCCUUCUUGAUUGAUGGGAGCUGGAGCAUCGGUAAACGCCGUUUUCAGAUCCAAAAACAAUUCCUCAGUGAUGUGGCUCAAGCUCUUGAUGUUGGCGUAGCUGGUCCUCUCAUGGGCAUUGUUCAGUAUGGCGAUGACCCUUCUACAGAAUUUAACCUCAAAACUCAUGCAAACUCCAGGGAUGUGAAAAAUGCCAUUGAGAAAAUUCCACAGAAAGGAGGGCGUUCCAAUGUUGGGAAGGCACUUUCAUUUGUUAACAAAAACUUCUUUUUGGAUACCAAUGGAAACCGAGGUGGAGCACCCAAUGUGGCCAUAGUGCUGGUGGAUGGAUGGCCCACUGAUAAGGUGGAGGAGGCCUCCAGACUGGCAAGAGAAUCUGGAAUCAACAUUUUCUUUGUCACCAUUGAAGGAGCUGAUGAAAACGAAAAACAAAAUGUUAUUGAACCCAACUUUGUGGACAAGGCUGUAUGCAGAACAAAUGGCUUCUAUUCCAUUAACGUGCCAAGCUGGUUCAACCUACGCAAGGUAGUCCAGACCUUGGUGAAGCGGGUCUGCGACACUGAUCGGCUGGCUUGCAGCAAGACGUGUCUAAAUUCAGCUGACAUUGGCAUUGUAAUUGAUGGUUCCAGCAGCGUUGGCACUGGCAAUUUCCGCACUAUCCUCCAAUUUGUAGCCAACAUAAGCAAAGAAUUUGAGAUUUCAGACACCGACACCCGUAUUGGAGCUGUGCAGUACACCUAUGAGCAGAGGCUGGAGUUUGGAUUUGACAAACACAGCACUAAGCAAGAUGUCCUGAAUGCUAUUAAGCGAAUUAACUACUGGAGUGGAGGGACCAGCACUGGAGCGGCCAUCAACUAUGCCUCUGAACAGCUCUUCAGCAAAUCCAAACCCAACAAGAGGAAGAUAAUGAUUCUCAUCACAGAUGGCAGGUCUUAUGAUGAUGUCCGAGUGCCAGCCAUGACAGCUCAUCAAAAUGGGGUCAUAGCUUAUUCUGUUGGAAUUGCCUGGGCAGCCCAGGAUGAACUGGAAUCCAUUGCAACAGACCCGGAUAAAGAGCAUUCCUUCUUCGUGGAUGAAUUUGACCAUCUCUACAGAUUCGUUCCUAGGAUCAUCCAGAACAUUUGUACAGAGUUUAAUUCACAGCCCCGGAACUGAUGAAAGUAGGCAAAGCAUUAUACUAACGCUGAGUCACUGGGUGUCAUGCAGAAGAUAAACAAAAUGCUAUACAAGUAAUGCCAGCUAUGAGUCCAAGAAAUACUAGAAGAGUUAUUCUCUGGCAUUUUUCAGUUAACAAAGCUGAUUUCAGCUCUAUUCCUUAUGCAUGAUAAAGCUCUGUGUAGACAGGCAUUUUCAUUUUAACUUUUUUGCUGGCUUCAAAACUCUGACUUGGUUGGAUAGACAAAGACAGUUACAACCCUUGAAAAGAUAAAUCAAGUGACUCAGCUUUGUAGAUUGAAAAUUUGUUUCCAGAAGAGAGGUUUGAAAAGGUUUUUCAAUGUAGAUCCCAGGGACAUUUUCAUUCGGCCUUUGUGUAUUGCAGAAGCUCUCUUUAAAGACAUUCUCUGUCACAGUGCUUCUCAAACUGUGGUCUGUGGAACACUGCCGGGUAGAGGCCAAGCUGCAUCUAUUAGAGUGGCGAAGCAUCUCUGUCUUCUAGCAGUGAUGCUUCCUGCUAGUUGUUGUCCAGACCAGGACUCUCAGGGUUUCCAGAGAUGCUUUCCAACAACACCCAGAACACUUUUUUAAAUUGGACAGCUGUUUUGUGUCUCUCUGACAGGUUUUCAUUUGGUAUCAUUUCAAGCUGAUACAUACAAACACGAGAGAGAGCCAAACUGCAACUGGAUAGAUUAGAGCAGUGGGGUCUGCAGGCAUUUACUGAUCCUAAUAGAGUUCUGCACCCAUGGAGAGGAAGCAGCUGACACAUACAAAAUUGAAAAACUGGAAUCCAGAAUCCCCACCCAUUGCGUUGGAGGGAGUUUAUUUAGAAUCUUGUCCUCUUAACAUUGUCCUAUUGUCAGUGUCCAAGCAUGAUAGUUACUGCAAGGGGGGGUCUGGGCGCAGGAGGCUGAUACCAUUGGAAGGGCCUCCGUCUUAAGUGGUACACAAUAUGAAAAAAGUUUGAGAACCACUAUGCUGUCCUCAAACCAUUCUUCUUUUAGGUUUCACCCUGAAGCAUGGAUGGAGACCAAUAGCAUGAAGAGAAAAGACUGCUCUAGAGUUGUUUUGUUAAGGAUUUAAGAGAAACACAGUCUGACUGUAUUAUUGUGUAUUAUACAUUGGCAAAAGCAGGACUUCCCAAUGGUAGAGAGAGACUCUGUAGAUGGAGUAUUUGGGGUUGGUUUUGUCUCUGUUAGUUCAGAGUACGCAUUGCACUGUGCUUGACCAAGCCAAUUAUACUAUUAUGACUCUGCCUUCUUAAAUGAGGAACUAAUCAGCAGCAAAUGAUGCCAGAUGUGAUAUAUUAUUGACGUCUUGAAAGACUUGGGCUUUAGUUGGUGUCAGCUGGCAUCUAUUUUUUUCACCCACUAAAACUUGAUAAUAUACGUUCAUCAUUUAUCACAGCUCCUGGAGGGAAAGGGGAGAAGAGUUAAAUGUUACUUGAGAAAAAUGAGACUGUUCAUGAACUUCACUGGCUAUUGGAAUUUCUAGUCCACAAUGCUUGGGGAUAGUUAAAAAGGGAAGGGUAAGAAAUUAAUGAUGAAAUAUUAAAUGAUUUUUUGGUGGCUCAAUUCUCAUAGCUACUACACUGAAUAAAUAACAGGAUCUGAA